UUUGAUGUGACACGAAGCUUCAAACCGAAUGAACUCGCUGCUGUUGCGCGCAUCCCUUCCACCGCUUCAGCGUGUUGUAAGAGAACGAAAACUGUGUCUCUCUCUGAUGUUCAAGGUUACAUAGGUGUGAUGUGAGGUGAGGUAGGCCUAACUUUGUACCACGUGGGACCGUUUGCCGGUUUUGCAGUAAAUUGGAGGAACACGCGUACCAUUUUUUGAGAGAUUACAAAUUGGCAAAAAAUGUCAAAACAGCUAACGGACCGAAUUUUAGAAUAUUUGGCCAAUCACGGCGAAACGAAUUCGUUGGAUUUGGCGGACGAAUUUCAGGACGAUCAUCAAAAGGUCAUAGGUGCUAUCAAAAGUCUGGAAACAAUAGAUGAUUUGAUCACGGUAAAACCGAUCUCUAAAAAGGAGUGGGAAACUACUGCUGAGGGACAACAUAUAAUAGAACACGGCAGCCACGAAGCGGUUGUUUAUAAUAUCAUUCCUGACGAAGGAAUGUCUCAGGCAGAUCUCAUGAAAUCCAGUCCUUAUGCUAAAGUAGGUUUUUCCAAGGCACUGGCCGCGGGAUGGAUCGAAAUUGACAAGAGCAAAGGUGCUCCCAUUGUGAGAAAGAAAGUACCGUCCAUUGUAGAUGUUAUACAAACGCAUUUGAAAGAUCUGACGCAAAUUCCGGACAAUGUUAAAGCAGAAUAUAAAAAGAGGAAGCUUCUGCAGGAAGUGAUAAUUAAAAUAAUGCAUUUGGAGAAGGGACCUAAUUUUUCUACCAAAUUAGAAAAGUUAGAAGCUGACUUGACAUCAGAUUUACUGACAAAUAAUGCUUGGAAGAGUAAGAAGUUCAAACCAUAUAAUUUUGAUGCUCUGGGAGCAUCGCUGCAGAUAGGACAUUUACAUACAUUGUUGAAAGUUCGUCAUGAAUUCAGAAAAAUCUUCUUAGAAAUGGGAUUCACGGAAAUGCCGACGAACAAUUAUGUAGAAAGUUCCUUUUGGAAUUUCGACGCUCUCUUCCAACCGCAGCAGCAUCCAGCGCGCGAUGCUCAUGACACCUUCUUUAUCUCUGAACCAAGCAAUAGUACGAAAUUCCCCAUGGAAUAUCUCGAAAAGGUGAAAGAUGUUCACAGCAAAGGAGGUUAUGGCUCUCUAGGCUACAGGUACGAUUGGAAGUUGCAGGAGGCGCAAAAAAAUUUGUUGCGCACUCACACGACAGCUUCCAGCGCACGGAUGCUGUACGCGCUUAUGCAGGAGGGAGAGUUUAGGCCAGUAAAAUAUUUCAGUAUUGACAGAGUAUUUCGCAACGAGACCUUAGACGCGACGCAUCUCGCCGAAUUUCAUCAAGUCGAGGGUGUUAUUGCCGAUUAUGGGCUUACGCUGGGCGAUCUUAUAGGCACUUUAUACGAAUUUUUCAAGAAGCUCGGCAUCACUCGGCUUAAGUUCAAACCCGCAUACAAUCCAUACACCGAGCCGAGUAUGGAAAUAUUCUGCUAUCAUAACGGCUUGGAAAAAUGGAUUGAAAUCGGCAACAGUGGUAUGUUCAGACCGGAAAUGAUACUACCAAUGAAUCUACCUCCUGAUGUGCGUGUUAUCGCAUGGGGCUUGUCCUUAGAAAGACCGACAAUGAUCAAAUAUGGUUUGAACAAUAUACGCGAUCUUGUUGGAUCGAAGGUGGACUUGGAGAUGAUUCAUAGGAAUCCAAUAUGUCGAUUAGACAAAAUUAGUCGACGAAUGAACCAGUGGAAAACGCAAGAAGAAGAAAAGUCGAUUGUCAAAACUCGGCAAACGGCCGAGCAAUCUCCGGAGUCAAAAUUGUCCAAGCAAACUCCCGUGAUCUUUUGUGAUCCAAAUUAUCCGAUUUAUUUCAUUGAAUCUUUCUUUCGUUUCACAAAAUCGCAUCUUAAUGUUUCUGUUUCGACACACGUACAUUCUACAGUAACGAACCUUCCUAAUGAGCUUUCUGAGUUUUGUUCGGAUUUCCUCAACGUAAAUGCAAAUCCAGACAUAUCGUUAACUUUAAUUUGGAAAUCCGUUGGCAUCGAUCCUAUCAUGAUACUGCAAGGGAUGCACGAAAUUCACGGAGUGGUCAACAUAGCGCGGUAUUUCAAUCGGUUAAUCGAAUUAAUUAACAAAGACGUAUUGAAAUACGAGCAAGUCGAUCCACUCUACGCUAACAAAAUAGACGCUUGUUUAGAUCAAAUUCAUUGCGCUUUGCACGCUGUGAGUAAUAACGCGUCGUUGAACAUUUGCAAGAAAUCUCAUUACGUGAUGGGCGAUGACAUUUCUAUAGUCGAUCUCAUAAUCGAGUCAAUCGACAAAUAUAAACGAAAAAAAAUGUAAUUUAUUUAAUUUAUGUUAAAAAUUUUAUUUAUUUUGUAAGCGUAACAAUAAAUUUUGCGCGUAUAACUGUCUUGUUCCUUUACCAAUGUACGAGAAUGUAAAACUAUGAAUUUAUAUAUGUGUGUACAUAUAUAAAUAUAAUAAAUUAUUACAUUUUUUUUUUAUUCGUUUAGCAUUUUUUUUCUUUUAAUGAGAAUUAUAUGUAUGUAUGCGUAGGAAAUUUUUACUGAAUACCUCUCUGUGUCUUUUAUGACUUUUAUAUAUAAUUUUAUUGAUGGUACUGCGCGGAAUACAGUAUAAAAGUCUAUUACAGCGUGAUUGAUAGUGACAUAAUAAGUAAAACCCGAAAGAUAUCAAAUACACGCUGCACAAAUAUCGAGAUGUGCAAAACAGCCUCAAACAGUGGUGGCCUUUUGACAACGCUUUAAUCAAAUAUCAACAAAUUUUUUUCGAAUGCGAAAUAUACGAAAUUCACAAAUCACACAGUCUAAGAUUUAUCAAAUAUAUAUAAUAGGUAUAUCAAAAAUAUGAGGCUCGCAAAUCAAAUUUUCCUGGAGAAAUGAUACUUAAAACUUGGUCACGGUGUAGAUAAAAAAAAAAAAAAAAAAAA